AUGGGUUUGUCAAUUUGCCCGCAAAUUAUUAAAAAAAUUAAUUUUCUUAAAAUUUUUUUUAGUAGUAGCAGUAGUAGUGAAUCUUCUUCUUAUACUCGUUUUUCUGAAUUGACAAAAAAGCAACUGGCAACCAUUGGAAUGUUAGCAGUAGCUAAUCUUUGUAGUACAAUAGCUUUUAGUUGUAUUGCUCCUUUUUAUCCUACGGAAGCUGAAUUUAAAGGUAUGAAUACCUCAGAGAUCGGACUUAUUUUUGGUAUUUUUGAAUUGGUUAUGUUCAUUACUGCACCUUUUCUUGGAAAAUAUAUGGCUUCUGUUGGCUCAAAAAGAAUGUUUAUAACUGGCCUUUUAAUAACAGGCAUUACAGCUAUUGGUUUUGGAACUUUAAAUCUUUUACCGGCCGGAAGAAUUUUCUUUUGGUCUUCUUUAGUUAUCAGAUGUCUUGAAGCUUUAGGCGAUGCUUGUUUUGUUACCUCUUCUUUUGCAAUAAGCGCAAAAUGCUUUCCUGGAAGAAUUGCAACGAUUGUUGGCAUAAUGGAAACUUUUGCUGGUCUUGGAUAUACAGCGGGUCCAAUAAUUGGAAGUGUCCUUUACGAAUAUGGCGGGUUUCAAUUACCUUUCUUUGUUCUUGGCGUUCUGUUAAUUUUUGCUACAGCUGUUUCUUAUUUUUUAAUUGAAAAUAUUGAUGACGAACCAACAGAAGAUGCAAUGGGAAUGCUUUCAAUGCUUCGAAUUCCUGUUAUUUGGUUAAUGGUUUUUGCUGUUAUUAUUUGUGCAAUAUCUUUAUCUUUCUUUGAUCCGACUUUAGCUGGACAUCUUGCUCAGUUCAACUUAUCAACAAUAAUGGUUGGAUUUAUGUUUCUUCUUUGUGGAGGAUUUUAUUGUGUGACUGCCCCACUUUGGGGUUUUAUAUUAGAUCGUUGGCAUUGUUGCAAUUUAUUAAUGCUUUUUGGUUCUACAGCAACGAUUUUUGCAAUGCUUUUUGUUGGACCUUCUCCUUUUUUGGAUAUUGACAAAAAUCUCUUUUUAAUUGGUGUAUCUCUAGCAAUUUUGGGAAUUGCAGCAGGUUUCUUUUUAAAAUUGGGGGUUGAUAUUAACGGGUCGGCAUCGAUUCUACGGAAACAUUGUGACAGGGUCUUCUGGUGGGGACCAGAGGUGGGUCGGAAAUGACUA